AUGCAGCUGAAGUGGUCAUUUGAAGGAGGAGUGAAAAUUAAUAAGCUAACCCGUCAGUUCAAAACCUUGCGCUGCUUCAUUGCAUUUGUCGUCAGUGUGCCUCCCAGGACCACACCCAAAGGAAAGUCUCACGUUGCCCCAGUAAACUUUCUGGCCUUUUCAGUAUCAAGUGGAGACCCGCUCCCGCUGAAGUUUAGUUUUGCUGGAAUUGUGUUUCUUGAACAUUUUACAGAUUUAAAAGCAACAAAUGCUACUGUGGUUCCCCGGUCAUUUUUUCUCAGGAAUUCCGAGGAUAAAUUUGAGCCUUUCCCAUUGGAUGACGACGAUGAGGACAGAAAUGGAAGUGGGUUAACUGAAGACAGAUUAAGCUCCAUCAAUCACAGCAGGCCUCUUCAAAAACCACACCCUGCGUUCAUCUCAAAAGAUGCCUUGGGAUAUCUGACCAGCGCCUGGUUGACUCUCUUUAUCCCCUCCGUCUACACUGGCGUGUGUAUAAUCAGCCUUCCUCUAAACAUCAUGGCCAUCGUUGUGUUCAUCGUGAAAAUGAAGAUCAAGAAGCCUGCCGUGGUGUACAUGCUGCACCUGGCCACGGCAGAUGUGCUCUUCGUGUCUGUUCUCCCGUUUAAGAUCAGCUAUUACUUUUCCGGAAGUGAUUGGAAAUUUGGGUCUGAAAUGUGUCGCUUCGUCACCGCAGCAUUUUACUGUAACAUGUAUGCUUCCAUCAUGCUCAUGACAGUCAUCAGCAUUGACCGGUUUCUGGCCGUGGUGUAUCCCAUGGAGUCCCUCUCCUGGCGUACCAUGGGGAGGGCGUCCUUCACCUGCAUGGUCAUCUGGGCUAUGGCCAUCGCGGGGGUGGUGCCACUUCUCCUCAAGGAGCAAACCACCCGGGUGCCCGGGCUCAACAUAACCACCUGCCAUGACGUGCUCAAUGAAACCCUGCUCGAAGGCUUUUACGCGUAUUACUUCUCGGCCUUCUCUGCUGUCUUCUUUUUUGUGCCGUUGAUCAUUUCCACGGUCUGUUACGUGUCUAUCAUCCAGUGUCUGAGCUCUUCCACGGUCGCCACCCAGAGCAAGAAGACCCGGGCUUUGUUCUUGUCCGCGGCUGUUUUCUGCAUCUUCAUCGUUUGCUUUGGACCCACAAACGUCCUCCUGAUUCUGCAUUACGCGUUCCUCUCUCAGAAUCCCAGCACAGAGGCUGCCUACUUUGCCUACCUCCUCUGUGUCUGUGUCAGCAGCAUAAGCUGUUGCAUCGAUCCCUUGAUUUACUAUUAUGCUUCCUCUGAGUGCCAGAGGUACCUCUACAGUAUCUUCUGCUGCAAAGAAAGUUCUGAUCCCAGUAGCAGCAGUGGUCAGCUGAUGGCAAGUAAAGUGGACACCUGUUCUACUAACCUGAAUAACAGCAUAUACAAAAAGCUGCUAACUUAGGAAAGGGGCUGCUGGAAGAUUACAAAGAAAUAUUUGAAAAAGCAAAGAACCUGAGGAUUCUAUUAGUCCCUGCAAAAAAAUAGUAUUUACUCUUUUAAACAAUAAAUGUGUGAUUUGCAUGCCUCCUUCUUAAGAGGGCCAUUAAGGGUAUAUAUUUAUUAGUAACAGAAAAGGAUAACAUGAAUAGAAAACAAUGUUAUUCCAAGACAGUAUUGCCAAUGCUACAAUAA